ACGAGGCACGCGUAACUCCUUCAAGCACGCUACUCUCCCUAACCGGGCGCUCGAGUCCCAUCGUGCGCGCGCGUCUCGACGUGCAGCGAUGGCCGACCGGAACUCGACGUGGACGCCGACGAUUUUGGCGGCGCUCUCCGUCCUGCUCACGGCAUCGCUGGCGGGGGCCAGCUUCAGCACCGUGGAAUUCACAUCCUGCGGGGGCGAUGUAAUACAGGUUCGCGUGGACCCCUGCGAAAAGCUGCCUUGCACAUUUAAGAAAGGCCGAUCGGCGAAGAUCGAGAUGGACUUUCACAGCGUGAAGAACCAGUCCAGCGUGAGCGUGGCCAUCAUGGGAAAGUCUCACGGCGUGCUUCUUCCGCUGCCGUUCAAUCAGAAGGACGGCUGUACCAGCUCGGGCCUCGAUUGCCCUCUGCAAGCCGGUCGGAACUACACAGUCGCGCGAGCUGUCAGGGUCUACCGGAUCUAUCCAAAGAUGGAGAUCCUCGCGGUGUUUCAAGUAAGCGGCAAAGGAGGAGACGUCUUAGCCUGCGUCGAAUUCCCCAUUCACAUUAUGUGAACCACAAGGAACGGCUACAGGAAGCUACCUGGAUACCGGGCAGCUCAAACAGCCCGCUGCGCGGUAUCCCAAGAAAGCAGGCAGCAAAAACAAAUCGUGGACGCGAACGACAAUGCGGGCCAUCGACCAGCGUGCGACGUGCAAACGACCACAAAAGAAGUUUCAACAAAGCCGCGUAUCGUUGGUUGCGGCAGCGACAACUGUAAAGUGCACCGAUGUGGUUGAGAGGACCGCUGCCUUUGUGUAAAAAAAAAAAUGGGGGGGGGGGGGGGGGACAGAGAUGUGUGUACAGCGUUGAGAGCAUAACGUUAUUGACACGAAUAAAACACAGCUACAAACACGUUUAGACUGAUCUGGAAGACUGCCGAAUGUCACAUAUGUUGCGCGACAGGAGCAAUCAGGGCGUACGUGCCGGACCCAGAAAGAAUGAAUUAUGAACAGACGAUGGUGCUCUGGGAGUGCGUGGGUCAGCACUAAAAGCCAUGCGCGGUGUAGGUGCGUGUAAGUGUGGAGAUGUGCCGGUACGUAUGGUUGCGCAGAACGUGAAUUUAGAAGUGGCGAAGUGGCGCUGUGCUCAGCGGAGCGAUCACGUUCGUCUCAUGCGAGUGGUUUGUGAGCAGUGCGGUGUUGACUGAGGUUUUAUGUUUUCGUUUUUCCGUAUAACCUGAUGAAGUCUGUCAUAAUUCGUCACCAAUCACUGUAAAGAGCCUGCGAGACUGCUUGCAACGUUUGGUAAUUGAAGAAUAGCUAGCUAAAUCUUAGUGGACGCUGUCGAACAUAACUACAAAACGGCCCAAGUGGAUACAAUUUCCGCGCAUUCAGUAUCAACAAAUGAACGAAUGAAUGGUGCGCACCAAUGUCACCAAGAAAAACUGUAAUUCAAAUACUAAAACGUGUAGAGAGUUUGACGUUGCGAGAAGUCAAUCAUGCUCUAUUUCUAUCAACCAUUUCCAUUGCCUCAACCUUUCCAUGCGGAAAGGUUGUGGUAAUGUUAAACAAAAGAAAUAUAUUUUAUCAUCAUGAUAAGCUGGAAAAAAAGUGAAGGUUGCUACGACGCAGCGUUCGAGCAGUACCAAACUGUCGUUCAAGCUACUACAAGAAAGCGUGAUGCAGUCUUUUACCUUCAGUGAAUAACUUAUCCAUGUGCUAACACGUAUGGAAGGCUUAAAAACAAAGCUUUGUUCGAGAUUAGUACACAGUGUAUAGUGAACUUAACCACUGCCCACAUCCUUACACAACAUCAUUGAUCAUAUUAUCACACAAAGUGCAUAUCGCCCUGUG